AUGUUCAACAAGCAGACUCUCCUUGCUUUCGUCGGGGCCCUGGCCCUGGGUGCCGCUAAGACCAUCACCGAGGAGAACCCUACUCAGGCGGAGAUCGAUGCUGCUCGGGCUACUGUCCUGCCUUACUCGCCUGUCUCAAAUGUGAAGGGUCUGGCAUUUGACCGUUUCGUGGACAUUUGGCUCGAGAAUACCGAUUAUGAGACCGCCGCUCUGGAUGAGAACUUGUCCAAGCUGGCCAAGGAGGGAAUUCUGUUGACCAACUACUUCGCUGUCACUCAUCCCUCGGAGCCCAACUAUUGUGCCUCCGCUGCGGGUGACAACUUUGGCAUGGACAACGACGACUUCUACCAGAUCCCAGCCAAUGUCUCCACCAUCGCCGAUCUCUUCGACACCAAGCACAUUGCCUGGGGUGAGUACCAAGAGGAUAUGCCCCAUGCCGGCUACCAAGGCUACCGCUACCCCCUCAGCGGUCCAAACCAGUACGUGCGCAAGCACAACCCGCUGGUUCUGUUCGACUCCGUCACCAAUGACGCCGUCCGUCCCCGCCAGAUCAAGAACUUUACUUCUUUCUAUGAUGAUCUUGAGCACCACCGCCUUCCCCAGCACAUGUUCAUCACUCCUAACAUGACCAAUGAUGCCCACGACACCAACAUCACAGUUGCUGGCGAAUGGGUUGCCAAGUUCCUCCCUCCCCUGCUCCAAAAUGAGUACUUCUCCAAGGACACUCUGGUGCUCCUCACCUUCGACGAAGUUGGCAACUACUCCGUUCCCAACCGCGUGUACAGCUUCCUCGUUGGUGGCGCUGUUCCCGAGCACCUUAAGGGCACUACCGAUGAUACUUUCUACACCCAUUACUCUGUUAUUGCAUCUCUCUCCGCAAACUGGGGUCUGCCUUCCCUCGGCCGCUGGGAUUGCGGUGCCAACCUGCUGAAGCAGGUCGCUGAGAAGACCGGCUAUGUCAACUGGGAGGUCGACACCACCAACGCUUACAUCAACGAAACCUACCCCGGCCCUCUUUCUGAUAACGACUACUCCGAGUACUCCUCCAAGUGGGCCGUGCCCGCUGUUAAGGGCAAGUGCUCUGCUGGACAUGGUAUCGCCGAGGUUGUCAAGAAGACCUACUACGGUCUCGAGCCCACUUAUAAUUACACCAGCCCUGUGCCAUAUGAUUCGGCCACUGGACUGAACCUUGGUAUUAAGUACCACCGUACUCUGAAGCACGGAAAGAAGGAGUCUGGUGUCACCCAAUAG